UACCGCGGUCACGGUCACACUAGCCAGCAGUCGUAGUCGUGUCGGGAUUUGUUUUUUAAAUAACUUGUCUGUUUUAAGCCGUUAAUUAAUCAAUUGGUAUACUCUUCGAAAUUGCAACGAAAUCUUCAAUAUACUACAUACUUCACGGUUCUCAUUUGCCGUCGCGUUUCCUUGUGUGCUAACGAAAACUAAUUGAAUUACACACGCACACAGACAGCAAACACUCGUCUGGGCUGCGUCAUUAGCUAUUUUGGUCCAAAUAUUGAAAUUAUGGAACAACAACAGCAACAAAUAGCUCCCGAAGUGGCCGCAACUCCAGCGCCGCUGCUGGAUGAGCAACUGGACAUGGAUGACAGCAUGAAGCACUGCUUCGAGAACCUCAUUGUCAUCGAUGUGGGAGCUAAUUUGACCAACAAAAAGUAUAGCCGUGAUCUGGAUUCCGUCGUUCAAAGAGCAAGAGACGCAGGUGUUCAAAAACUAAUGGUACACGGCACUUCGGUCAAAUCAAGCAAGGAAGCGCUGCGCCUUUCGCGCAUUUAUCCCGACAUUAUCUACUCGACUGCUGGCAUACACCCACACGACUCAAAGUCCAUUGUGGAGGAGCCGUCCACAUGGUUCGACUUGGAGCACAUCGCCCAGGCACAGGAGUGCGUCGCGGUGGGUCCAUGCGGCCUGGACUACCAGCGCGACUUCUCCGAACCGGAUGCCCAGAAACAGAUCUUCGCCAAGCAAUUGCACUUGGCCAUUCGGCUCAAUAAACCUCUGCUAAUCCAUGAGCGGUCGGCCCAGAAUGAUCUACUCGAAAUACUCGACAAAUUCGAGAAUCUACCGCCUGUGGUUAUCAGAGGUUUUAUGGGCACAGCCGAGGAGGCGCUCAAGUAUUUGGACCGCAGGUUCUACAUCAGUUUGACCGGGUACUUGUGCAAGGACAAAUCAGACACGGGCGUUCGCAGACUGCUGGACAAUGGCACACUGCCGUUGGAUCGAUUGCUAGUUGAGACGGAUGCACCGUUCAUGUAUCCAAACACCAGAGCUUCCAAGCUGCCGCAACAUGUCAAGACUGCCAUCACCGAACGCUCUUUGCUGUACUUACACAGAUAUUGUACCUUCCAACGGAAUGAGCCGUGCAGUCUGCCAGCCAUUGUGGAAAUGAUUGCAGCAUUCAUGAAGAAAACGCCCGAUGAGGUGGCCUUGGUCACUGCCUUCAAUGCUUUGAAGCUCUUCGGUUUGUCCUAAAAAGGGUGCAUCAGCACCCGAACGAAAAAGUGUGUGCCUGCAGGCGUGUGCUUUGUAGACAGUUUCAACGAGCCUGAGAUUCACGAUAGACUCAUAUAUGUGCCUUAACCACUUAUCGAAUUCAAGAUGAUCCGAUCAUCUUGAUAUUUCAUUACACAUAACGAUACACACCCAUAUACACAUACACAACUACGAACCCAAAACCCAACUCCCACUUGCAUGCGAGAACUACGUAUACGUAUGCCAUACUCAUUCAUACUGGUGCAAAUUGGCGAUCGAAAUUUGCAAAAGUAUAGCUUUAAGUUGUUGGAAUUUCCUAAGCAGAUGCUUUAUUUACUUGAAACCCCCUAGAAAACGGUGCCAAGGUAGAUGGUGCCAUGUGAACGCAACGUGUUGGACUCUGGGGAGCAAAUCAAUUUGCCAUGGGUCUGCGCUUCACGCUUCGAGGCGCGCGCCUCGAACUACAGAUAUCGCUUUCGAAAGCGAUACUAUUUAAUGCUGCAGCUUGUCUUUGUUUCAAUCUGUGCUUAGAUCUAAGAAUCAUAUUUAUAGUUCGUGUCUCUUGUUAGUUUGUAGUCCUCUCUUUUUUUGUACAUAUUUAUUCUUGUUGUUUAUUGUGGACCUACCGAGGUCCGCCUACUAGCAUGCGAUAUGAUGAUCAGGGUGAUGAUGAGAUGAUGAUUAUUCGAAACGUAAUGUGAUCAUAUUAAGAGCUAAAGCAUAUUCAAUAUCCUAUGCCUACACACACAUAUUACAUACAUAUAUUUUGUUAUAUUUACAUAUACAAAACAAAACAAA